AAUUCUUGCAAUUAGAUGGUGGUUAUAAUCAGCGUUAAUUUUAUAUGCCCGGAAAAUCAUCCCCUGAUAGGUUCUAGAUCUGAUCUUGAAGUUUAAAUUCUAGGCAGCUUUUGGUAGCAUAUACCAACCGAAAAAAAAGGCGUUUACAAGAACCCCGUUCUUGUUACUUUUUUUUGAUAAGCGUGUUAUCUACAUACUAUACACCAAGAUGCUCUUGUCAGGGUUAUUUAACAUUCAAUACUUAAUUUCCAGUCUAGCUGAAUCCUUCGUAGAUUCUGGAUCAAAGAUAAACCUUCAUCAGAACUUUCAUGUGAAUGAUCAUAUGCAAUUGCCACUUCUCAAUACUCCCGAUAAGACCGAAGCGCUUCCAGUUGUAAUUUGGCACGGUCUUGGUGAUAACUACAACUCAUCUGGUAUAAAUGAAGUCAAGGAGAUCUUUGACACUAUCUACCCUGGAAUAUUUGUUUAUUCAAUUUCCCUUGCUGAUGAUCCUUCAGCAGAUCAACAACGUUCAUUAUUUGGCGAUGCCAAUAUUGAUGUUGAUCAAAUAUGUCAGACACUUGCAAACAUCACCGAACUUUCUCAUGGAUUCAAUGCAAUUGGAUUCUCUCAAGGUGGAGUAUUGUUACGUGGAUUGAUUGAAAGAUGUUCAAAUAUAACCGUACAUAAUUUGAUUACAUUUGGAUCCCCGCAUUUGGGAGUGCUGGAAUUACCAAUGUGCAAACCAAGGGAUUGGCUAUGUAAGGCAAGAAAUAAUGUUCUAAAGAGACAAGUUUGGUUAGAUAAAGUGCAAAAGAAUGUUAUACCAGCACAAUACUUUAGAGAUCCUUUACAAUAUGAACAGUAUUUGAAAUAUUCUCAUUUCUUGGCUGAUAUUAAUAAUGAACGGGAUGAAAAAAAUGCCACCUACAAAGAAAACUUCUCCAAGAUUAACAAACUAGUAUUGGUAACAUUCACUGAAGAUACAACUCUUGUCCCUAAAGACCUGGCUUCUUUCAGUGAUUUUGACCCCGAGGCAAAGAUUUCCAUUCCAUUCGACAAGACUGAAUUAUAUCAAGAUAAUUAUAUUGGCUUAAGAGAUUUACAUGAACGUAACGCAAUUGAUUUCUUAAGCAUAGAGGCAGAUCAUAUGAGAAUUACAGAUGAUUUCAUUAGAAAAAUUGCCAUUUCUUACUUUAUUUGAUUUUAGCUAUUCAUAGAAUUCGAUAUCGACUCCAAGAAUUUUACUUAGCUCUUCUAUUUUCAACUCCACUUUGUCUUUGGAUGAAGUAUGUGGUUGUGAUUCUUUAUCACUGAAAAUCAAUGGCGGCAGCUCGUUUUCGAGAUGGUUUAUUUGGAGGUUUAGCCUAAAAGGAGGCGCCUCCUGUGAUAAUUUGAAUAUUCCAUUGUGAAGAGUUCCAAAUUGUAAAUUAGGGUCAUAUUACAGCGAGUUAUCAGAUCUACCAAUACUAACCAGCUUCUGGAUUACCAUUUGCUUACUGCUUCUGCCUUGUUGCUUGGUAUUAUUAGCCUGUUGUUUCAUGGGGAAAUUAGGUAAUUUUGUCGAAACAUUAAAAUAAUCGUUUAUUGGCAGGCUGCUAUUUUGAUCAUCUUGUAUCAGGAAUAUAUUAGCUAACUUGCUUUUAUUGGAUUCUUUUAGAUUCAAGAGAGUCAACUUUGGUUCAAUAACCUCUUUCUUUUCAGUAUGCAGUUCGAAUGAUAAUAAAAUAUCUAAAUCUGAUUCGGAACUGGAACCAUUCAAGAUUCUUCGUUUUAGAGGCAUCGAAGUGUUAUCUUGGAUAGAUGUGGGAAAGUUUCUCUUGGAAUGCAUCAUUUUCUUUUUUGAUUUAGCAACACCAGUCUAAGUUUGUUUGGAAGUAAAUAUUUUCUCUAUAGGUUCCUUUGGGCUAAGUUCUUCUUCUUCUUCUUCAAAGUCGCUGAAGUCACUAGGGUUACAAUGUACAAAAAAGGUUCUUUGAUAGCAUGGCUAAAGAUGGCUGUCUCAGUAUUGGUGUCUUUUCUGUUUUAAGAAGAAUGAUUUGUGAAAUAUUUUGAUUGUGUAAGGGAGCUUGAUUGCUGACUGACAUUAAAAGGUAUAAAUAGGAAUGCCAGCUGUGUACCAAUUGUAAUAAGUAUUUAACCAGGAAUUCCGUCCUUACAGCAAUAAUGUCGAUAAGUCAGUUUAUCUUUACAUGUAUGGUUGCAUUCAAAAUUUCCAUUAUUAGGAACCUUUCUAGUGGGAACAGCAUUGCUAGGAGCUUCUUUUGAAGGUUCAUGUGAACUCUAUAUAGAUGUUUACUCCAUAAUAUUUCUUUCAAUUACUGCAGCUUCAAUUAUAUUUUCAUCUUCCAGUUC